GAAGCUGCAAUCUAUCUCCAGAUGGCGCUGCAGGUCUUUCAACACGGGAUGGCUGUGCCGCAACGCGGGUUGGCUGCGGGCAGCCCCCGCAGGGUCCCGGUACCGUUGCACGACUCCUGCGCACUCGUGGCAUACCGCCGUCCGCCCGCCUGCCGCGGCCUGUGCUGCCGCGCCGCCGCCGCCCAGCACAAGCUGCCGUCGGCGUGGGUGGCGCAAUGCCUGGAGCGUGCCCAGCGCUCGGUUGUGACCAUUGAGGGCAAGCACUACAUCCCCCUGGCAGAGGCUCAGUGCUGGUUUGAGGCGGGGGCGCACGAGGCGGAAGAGGAGCAGCACGCCAAGAUGGAUGCUGUGAUGGCUGAGCGGGGCAGGAUGCAGGGGGCAAUGGCCCACUUGGCGGAGGAGUCACAGAGGGAGCACAAUGAGCACGAGCAGGCCAUGCACAGGCUGCUCGACUAUGCUCUGGCACUGGAGCAGGAGGUGGAGCGCUCCAGGGCGGUGCUGGGCGAGGCGGCGCACGAGGCGGCGCACGCGGCUGAGGAGCGGCUGACUGCGCAGUACCAGCAGCUGCUGCUGGAUUAUGAGCACGAGCAUGAGGCGGAGCAGGAGGCGGUGAUGGCCAGCAUGCGCGGGCAGGUGGAGCACCUGAAGACGGCGCUGCAUGCGGCGCACGAGGCCAAGAAACAGUGGCGCGAGCGCGCGCUGCAGGUGGAGCAGCAGUUUGUGCAGCUGCGCGGCCUGAUCGAGAGCAGCCUUCAGCAGGCCAGCGACAGCGCCUUCCGCCGGCAGCAGGCGCGGGAGCGGCAGCCGCCGGCGCCGGCGCACCCCAGCCCUCGCAUCCGCAGCUGCGAUGAGGUGGCGCCGGCGGACGCUGACGUGGCGGUGCAGGCCCACCCGCGCCUCACCUCGGCGGUGGAGGCGGGGCCGCACAAGUUGGGCGUCAAGAGCAAGAAGCACCUGCGGGAGCUGAUCUGAAGGAGGGAGGAGCACAGGCAGGGUGGCAUGUGGCGGGCGCCUUCAUAACUAUUGAGGGCGUGUCGAGACAAAGAAGCGCAAAGACAUCGCUUUAUUCAUCUUUUUUGCUUGCAUGCGUGUUGUUCAUCAACUUUUGCACUUUGAUACAUCAAUCCAUUAUAGUCAAUAUCACCCUGCACCUCCUGCCGGACAACUGCGCCAAGCUGCCCGUAAUGAACCGUCAGC